AUGUGCAAGCAGUGGCUCCUCAUUUCAGAGAAAACAAAGCUCAGUCUCUCUUUCUCUCAGUGUGUGAGUUCAAGAAAAUGGCCGAAGCCAGUAUUUCAAUAGAUCAGGACCAGUUCCUCUGUUCAGUGUGUCUGGAUCUACUGAAGGAUCCAGUGACGAUCCCCUGUGGUCACAGUUUCUGUAAGGUGUGUAUUAAUGACUGCUGGGAUCAGGAUGAUAAGAGCGGAGUUUAUCGCUGUCCUCAGUGCAGAGACACUUUCACUCCAAGGCCUGUUCUACGCAGAAACAACAUGCUGGAUGAAGUGGUGGAGAAACUGAAGAAGAAGAAGACUGAAGUCCAAGCUGCUUCUCCUGCUCACUGUUACGCUGGACCUGGAGAUGUGGAGUGUGAUUUCUGCACCGGGAGAAAACACAAAGCCAUCAAGUCCUGCCUGAUGUGUCUGGCCUCCUUUUGUGAAACUCAUCUGAAACCUCACUAUGAAGUUCCUUCCUGGAAAAAGCACAAGUUAGUUGAAGCUUCUGGAAAUCUGCAAGAGAAGAUCUGCUCUGAGCAUGAUGAAGUGUUGAAGCUCUACUGUCGUACUGACCAAAGCUUCAUCUGUUGUCUGUGUAUGACGGAUGAACACAAAAGCCACGACACCGUCUCAAUUAAAGCAUACAGAAGUGAAAAACAGAAUUUUGUGGUGAAAGAAGCUCCUCUCCAAGGAACGAAGAUGCAGAGAUUCAGCACUCAACAGGCAUUGGAAAUGAUCCUGGAUGGAGCUGACCCUGGCGAAUCGGAUGGAGAAGACAUCAAUCUCCAGGUGGAUUCAGACUCCGAGCUGUCUCAGUCUUCAGAUGAGGAGAGUGCUCCCCAACCAACAAAGAGAGCUCGGCUAGCGACUGAUGUGGCAGAGACUGCAAAAGAUGGCACAGUAUGGCAUGAAGAACAGGUGGGAACGGGUCCACAUUUCACCCCACCAACGCCAUACAGCGCAGAUGGAGAGCCAACCGCUAAGGCCAGGAGGUCAAUCACAAGUCGCCUUCAGAGCUUCCUUUGUUUCAUCACUCUGGACAUGCUUGGCAUCAUACGAGACUGUACAAUUCAACAUGCGAAGCAAACUGAGCAUGUGGAUUGGUUCAUGGGCAUACCUGAACUAAUGGCAUUUAUUUCCAUCACCAUCAUGAGGGGAAUCAUCAAGGUGCCAUCACUGCAUGACUGCUGGUCGAAAAACCUGGGAAACCCACACAUCAUCGAAACCAUGUCCCGAGGGCGUUUCAAAAACAUCAUGCAUCACCUGCACUUUGAUGACAGAGACACCCGCAGCGAGCGAGUACAGACUGAUAGGUUUGCUGCAAUUUCAAACAUAUGGGGAUUGUUUGUCACCAACUGCAUCACAUCCUACAUCCCUGGUCAACACAUCACCAUUGACGAACAACUUUUCCCGUGCAAGACUCGCUGCUGUUUCCUACAGUACAUUGCAUCUAAACCAGACAAGUUUGGUAUCAAGUUUUGGGUGGCGUGUGACUUGAAAACCAAAUACGUCUGCAACAUCCUCCCAUAUCUUGGCAAGGACCCCACUCGGCCUCCUGGGGAGAGAGUGUCUGAGAGUGUAGUCAUGAGGCUGAUGGAACCAUUCUUGGACAAGGGCAGAAAUGUUACCACAGACAAUUUCUUUACAUCACUGUCACUUGCAAAACGACUACUUAGCCGGAAUUCAACCAUCCUCGGCACAGUCAACAGGAUUCGCCAAGAAAUUCCACCAUCAACUCGACAGAUGCACCGCGAUGAAUUUACCACCCAGGUAUUUUCAUCCACUGGUGCCACACUGACUGUGUAUGCGGCCAAGCGGAAGAAGACAGUAUAUGUUCUCAGCAGCAUGCACAGCACGAUUCAGACACAGGAAACCGCCAAAAAGAAGCCAAACACCAUCACACUCUACAACACAACAAAGUGCGGCGUCGAUAUCAUGGACCAGAUGGUGCGGGAAUACACUGUCCGCGCAGGAACAAGGCGCUGGCCAAUAUCAGUGUUCUACAACAUGAUAGACAUUGCAGCACUGAAUGCCCACGUGCUCUAUCAAUUAUGCACUGGGAGAAAGGAAAGACGGGUGGAUUUCCUGUUUGAACUGGCAAGAGAGUUGGCUCACUCCCACGUGGGUAUGAAAAAGGUCCAAAAGGAGCAAUUGCUUCAGCAACAACCCUCCACACCACAAUUCGGACAAAGAGCCAAGUGUCAGGCUAAAAUCAAAUGCAAGGACAAUCGUGCAACUGUGCGCUGUGUUGGCUGUUAUAAAUAUACAUGUGGGAAAUGCAGAAAGGAGCAAUGGCUGUGCCAGAAUUGUGAGUGACUGCUCAAAUGUAUUUCACUCAUUUGCAUUCUUUGUAAAUAUGCUUUUUUCUUUGUAAAUAUAUUUUUUCUAUUUUUGGCACACAAAAAUAACAGUUACUUCUGCAAAAACUUUCCACACGAAAACUGGGAAAACAGUUGCUUUUUCAUUCAUUGUAAA